AUGGAUAUUGCUGUGGCAAUUGUCAAUGACAUCAACAAGAUAGGGCAAAGGAUUUCAGAUACAUCCAGCACUGAAGCUUCCAGACUGGAAUCUAACACACCUAAAAACAGAUGGGUCAAUAUUCUACCUUUUGACCAUAGUCGGGUAAAGCUGCAACAGAUAGAUGAUGAUGACCCAACAUCAGACUAUAUAAAUGCUAAUUAUAUGCCUGGAUUUAACAACCAGCGUGAGUACAUCGCUACCCAGGGUCCGUUGCCGGGGACGAUAGAUGAUUUUUGGAGAAUGGUAUGGGAGAAUGGUGUAAUGGUGAUAGUGAUGCUGACACAGUGUAAAGAAGGCAACCGGGUGAAAUGUGAGAAAUACUGGCCGGAUGAGUUGAGAGAACCAAAACAGUAUGGUGAGGUUGUUGUAAACCCUAUAUCCAUAUCAACUCUUGACAAGUACAAUAUCUCCAUAUUUGAUGUGUCUGUGGACGGACAGUCACGCCAAGUUAUCCAUUUUCACUACUUGGAUUUCCCAGAUUUCAGUGCCAAUGUGGAAUUUGACCACUUCAUUACUUUUGUAAGGAAUGUCCGGAGCCAUGUACCACAUGAUAAUACAGGACCAAUUAUUGUUCACUGCAGUGCGGGUGUUGGAAGAACAGGAACUUUUAUAGCUACAGACAGAUUGAGUCUCUACUUAGAUAGUCCAGAGUUUAGUGAGAAUGAUGAUGUAGAUAUAUUUGGUAUGGUGGUCGGCAUGAGGGAGAACAGAAUAGCUAUGGUACAGACAGAGUCUCAGUAUAUCAUGAUACAUGAUUGUUUCGACAAAAUGUUGGAGGAAAAGAGGAAGGCGCUGCAGGCGACAGACUCCACGGAAGAUCUAUAUGAAAACCAGGGAUUUGUGGAUCAUCAACUUUUAUGUUCAUAUGAAUCAAGACCUGGAUCACAUCCAUUUCCAGAGGUGCUGUAUGAAAAUGUUACUACAUCACCACAACAAGUGCAGCUACAAGAACAAGAAGAAGAAAAACAACAACAACAAACAGAACUAUGAUUGCUGGCAAACAAGCAACAACUUAUAUAAGGGAAAACUUUUUAUCAACAAAUAUAAACUGUGUAUGGUUGCUAGGCAACAUAUAGCAGCUGAUAUCUCGCCUGUAUGUUGAGAACAAGAUGGUCUUUAUUCUGUAGUAGCUGCAACUUGUGUGUUUCACAAACACAAUGAAAACCAUUACAGACAAUAGUCCCAGACAUCUUCCAUAUUCUUUUCCUGCAUGAAGCACAAUCCUUUUACAACUUUUUUUUUUUUGUUAAGACAAUAAGAUUCAUGACCAGAUAGGCUCAAAGUGCUAAGGAACAAAUGUUAUACACGGUGCUUGAAUAAAUGUCCUGGGGGACAUAGUAUUUUUAAAAGGUUUGGGAAGUGGGUGCAUUUAUUUUGGGAUCUGUUUAAUUUUAGAUUUUGAGUCAUUGUAUACUAUAAAACAGGGGCGUAGGGACGAUUUGAGCAUUGGGGCAGCGGAGGGAGUAGGUUUAGGAGGGGGUAUCCCCCUCUCAACGGGGUCCAGGGCGGCCCCAGGAAAAAUUUCAUAAAGCUGGAGUAAAUGGUGCAAUCUGGCAACUUCUUGAGCUGAACUUACUAAUUUUUGUACGCCUGUCUCUGAAAGCCCCUACGCCCUUGUAAAAAGAACAAUUUUGACUAUAAAAACACUACAAGCAUCCACUUAAGAUAUAUAUUAAUCUCUUAGAAAAUGGGGGAGGGGAUUCAUGCAGGGAUAUAUGGUAAUAAAAAAACAAAAACAUUUACAUGGUGUUUUAACUUGGCAACAACAGACAAAUUUAUAAGUUUGAUUGUUUCCAGCUAUGCAGUCUUGUUUCAGUUUUGCAAAAAGCAGCUUUUGGUUCAGUAAAUUCGUAUGAAAUGAUUUCAUGAAUGUUUUACAUU